GCUAGAAGAGUUGAGAAAGCCCGUCCACUUCUGUCACACAGACUCCUCUCUCACCUGCCCCACCCACAAAUCCAAGACAUUUCCCGUUCACUUUGGCAGAUUGCAGCAGAACGCUCAAGCCAUUUGAGUUGUAAGCUUUUUUUUUAAUUCCCCCCACCCCUUCCCCUGCAGGCCAUGACUGAGACUGGGACUGAUUCUUCCCCCAAGUUCAAGAACGGAAUCACUAAAGAAAUCGAUCUGGUCAACCGGGAUCCCAAACAAAUCAACGAGGAUGUGGUUAAGAUAGAUUUUGAAGAUGUGAUUGCGGAGCCCGAAGGAAUUCACAGCUUAGACGGUGUGUGGAAAGUCAGCGUCACAACCUUCACUGUGUCAAAAUACUGGUGCUAUCGGAUACUCUCUGCUCUCUGUGGAGUCCCCCUGUCUGUGUGCUGGGGUCUCUACUUUGCCUGCCUCUCCUUCUGCCACAUCUGGACCAUUGUGCCUUGCAUCAAGAGUUUUGUGAUUGAAAUGCAGUGCUUCAGUAGGCUCUACUCUCUCUGCAUUCACACCUUCUGUGACCCCUUUUAUGAAGCCCUGGGCAAAUUAUUCAGUAACAUUCGCGUCACUUUACAAAAGGACAUUUAAUUUCUCACUAUGUCUUCUAUCAACCCCUGUACCCUUGUAGAAGGCUUAGCCACUAAAUUGCCAUAUUUCAUUCAGAACUUUUAAAAUUGUAAUUCACUUCUUCUUUUGAAAUGGUUGUUUUACCUCACCAAUGUUCCUCACUUUUGAUCAUUGUGAAGUUCUAAAAACAUCUAAGAAUUCAGAGACAGAUAUUACUGUUCCA